AUGGAUCAGCUACAACCACCACCUCCACCACCACCAGCAGGUUAUGUGACCCAGCAAGCUUACACGACCCAUUCCGGUAACGGGUCGGUCGGGCCACUGAUCGCGGUGCUGGCAGUGAUCACCGUCCUCGGAGUUAUAGCCGGAAUGAUCGGCCGGCUCUGUUCCGGUCGUCGGAUCAUGGGUCAUGGACAGUACUAUGACUUCGAAGCAUGGCUGGAGAAGAAAUGCUCGUCUUGCAUCGACGGAAGGAUUGGCCCUCCUCCUGCAGCGCCACUCCUUAUUCCUGAUACUGCCAUAGUGGAGGAGGUUCCGGCGGCCGAGCCUGUGGUUGAGACCCCGCAAGAGAUAAAGGAAGAGGAGCAAGUACAACCUCAGCAGCAGAAAAACCAACGUCAAAAUCAACAAGAAGAACACACCAGCACCAGCAACAACAACGUACCACAGCAACAGCAGCCGCAGCCGCAGCAGCGAGCACAACAGGAACAUAAUUCAGAGGAAACAAGUGGUGCGAUUUGA